AUGAGCUCGGCAGAACCUCAGAGGACAGAAACAGAGGCGGCUGGGGCGGAGGGAGGGGCUACAGGUUCCAGUAGCACGAACACAACAGAUGAGACGAAUAACCAUGAAAUGUACGAGUGCAAUAUAUGUUUAGAUACUGCCAGAGAUGCAGUUGUCAGCCUUUGCGGGCAUUUGUUCUGUAAGCUUAGUAUUAUGGGUAGAAAUGGUAAUGGUAGUAGUGCGAGUAAUUCUGCCGUGUAUUUUUACAGAGAGAAACUUCCGCCUAGACCUGCAGGACAAAGACCAGAACCAGAAACACAUGGACCAUUCCAAGGAUUUGGAUUUGGAGAUGGUGGUUUUCAGAUGUCUUUUGGUAUUGGUGCUUUUCCAUUUGGAAUUUUCGCAUCCACAUUUAAUCUCAAUGACGGAAGACCCAGGCCAGCUAAUGCUGGGACCCAGGAACACGAGGAAGAACAGUUUUUAUCUAGAGUAUUUCUUUGGGUUGCCUUGCUUUUUAUGUUCUGGCUAUUAGUUGCUUAAGAAGGAAUCACAUCUAUAAUGCUAGCUUUUAUUUGCAAGAGCACAACCAGAACUGUGUGUUGUACUCUGUGUGUGUGUUUGUCUGUGUGUAUGUAUGUGUAAAAAUUUUGUUUGACCGAUAUCUCCAUAAGACCAAAAAAAAAUAAUUUGUUUUGUUGCCCUCAGCAACCGCGACUGAAAAAUAUGAAAUAUCGGGUCGCGUUUUUUUUUUUUUUUAAUAGGCCC